CGCAGACCUUUACAGCAAAAUCAUUGUUGGAAAAUUCACACCGGAUAUGCACAUUUACAUUUGAUAGCCAUACACUUGUCAUGCCAAAGGAGCAAUAGAAAACAGUCCAGUCAUGACAAAAUGGCGAGCGGAGUUGGAAAACAUAAAUUGCUGUUAGGCCCAACAGAGCCAUGGUCAAUUAGAGAAAAGCUGUGCCUCGCCUCCUCUGUCAUGAAGAGUGGAGACCAAAACUGGGUGUCUGUGAGCAGAGCCAUCAAGCCAUUUGCAGAACCUGGACGCCCUCCUGACUGGUUUUCUCAAAAGCAUUGUGCCUCGCAAUACUCUGAGCUCCUGGAGACAACUGAAGCCCCAAAGAGAAAGCGAGGUGAGAAAGGGGAGGUGGUCGAGACGGUGGAAGAUGUGAUCGUCCGCAGGUUGACAGCAGAGAGAAUAGAGGAGCUGAAGCGAUUCAUCAAGGACACACAAGAGAAGCACAGAAAGCUGAAGAGAGAAACUGAACUCAUCCAGGCAGGACAUCUGGACUCUAAACUUGAGGAGCUAUGGGAGGAGAUUGCACGGACCAAAAAACAAGAGGAAGAGGAAGCUGAGGUGAAAAGAAAGGCCACAGAUGCGGCGUACCAGGCCAGGCAGGCAGUGAAGAACACUCCUAAACGUGUGCCCAGUGUGACAGUGCGCUCUCCCUCUGGGGCCUGCUCUCCGAGCCUGGAUUUUCCCAUCGGAGAUCCAUCUGAAGAUCCUAGCACCGCUGGGGCAGGAUCGACGGUGUUUGUGCCUCUGACGGAGCUGCCAGGCCCCGGAGUGGUAGAGGCCAGUUUGGGGUCACUGCUGGAUGAGUCAACGCAGAAGAAGCUUUUGGGUCAGAAAAUCACGCCUCCUCCCUCUCCUCUCCUGUCAGAACUGCUGAAGAAAGGCAGUCUUCUGCCCACCAGCCCCAGACUGGCAGUUGAGGGAGAAUCUCCGUCCAGUCAGCUUACAGGGAGUCACGAUAAUCAGAUGAUGACUUCUUCACUGCCUGCCUCUCAGGCAGCGACAGGUGCUCCCACGCUGUCGCGUCUGCUGGAAGCUGGCCCCGCCCAAUUUCCCUCUCAGCUGAGCUCAUUGGCCAAUGCAGACUCCGCCCCCAGUGCUGCCGCCUCUGCAGUGGACACCAGUGCCACGCUCAGCACAGGAGGCGAUGGGGCCCCCGGUGCUUCUGUGGAUAAUAAAGAGGCGGUUUUAGGGGAGGAGGACCUGGUCACUGUGUCCUAUAUGGCAGAGGAGUUGGACUUAGAGACAGUUGGGGACAUCAUAGCUAUUAUUGAAGAGAAGGGUGACGAGAAUUCCGAAGCACUGGACGCCGCAGCGGUGGAAGCUGCUCUGUCUUUGUGUGAAGACACAGGUCACAACCUGUCGGGCGCCUGGGAGCCCAACCCCUUUAGGACCAUUGGCCCCGAGCCCUCCAGCACUCCAGAGGACUUAGAUCCACAUUCCCUGCAUCUGUUAGAGGGGAAACGAGAGGGUCCUGACAUGUGUGGAUCCAGCAGCGGCUGCGCGCAGGGGUACGCGACACCCUCCACCACUGUCCCAUCUGGCCCUCAAGUCCCCGCUCCAGCAGCAGGAGCCCGUUCGGACCCAGAAGCCCUCAGACCGGAGCACGCUGCCGAGACCCAGGAUGGGCGGCCAGAAUCACUGCAUGCUGUGAUCAAAAGUGAGACUGACGAAUGGACACCGUCUCAAUCAGAUACACGGUCAGAAGAUGACCCUGUGAUAAAACAGCACUCAAAGGAAGUGAAAGAGGAGGAGGAGGCCGUGAGUGAUGCUGAGGAGGGCAGUGUGUCGGAGAUGAAAGCUGGAUUAGAAGGGGAUGGAGUCGAGGAUUGUGGGGGAGAAGAGGACGGAGAUGGAGUUUAUCUGUCCGAGCCAGAGGGAGAAACUGAGCUGGAUCCUCCGGCCAGCGAGAGUGAGGACGGCUACAGCAUGCACACAGCAUCCUCUUCCGUACAGCUCCACACAACUGCAGACUCCAUUCCCAGCAGCCCUGCCUCCUCACAGUUCUCUAUCUGCAGCGAGGAUCAAGAAGCAAUUCAGGCUCAGAAGAUCUGGAAGAAAGCCAUCAUGUUGGUGUGGCGAGCAGCAGCCAAUCACAGGUAUGCAAAUGUCUUCCUGCAACCUGUAACGGAUGACAUCGCCCCUGGUUACCACAGUAUUGUGCACAGGCCAAUGGAUCUGUCCACCAUCAAGAAGAACAUUGAGAACGGGCUGAUCCGUACCACAGCUGAGUUCCAGCGCGACAUCAUGCUGAUGUUCCAGAACGCAGUGAUGUACAACAGCUCGGACCAUGAUGUGUUCCACAUGGCCGUGGAGAUGCAGAGAGACGUUCUGGAGCAGAUCCAGCAGUUUUUGGCCACGCAGUUAAUCAUGCAGACCUCGGAAUCGGGCAUCAGUGCCAAGAGCCUGCGUGGGAGAGAUGCCAACCGCAAACAGGACCCCAAUGACAAGGACUGCGUUCCCAUGGCCUCUCCUGCAUUUCUUCUCUCUCUCUUUGAUGGAGGCACAAGGGGGCGACGCUGCGCUAUAGAAGCAGAUCUGAAAAUGAAGAAAUAAGCGGCCGGCGGUGGGUGGGUUCCUUUGAAACACUAAUAAGUGACUGAGUGCUGGGAGCAUAGGACAAUCUCUCUGAACCAUAUCGCCAACACGGUUAAACAGAAAGGCUCAAGAGUGUAUCACAUGGUGUUGGGGAUUGGACAAUGAUGGGACUGCCUCAAAAUCUGUGCAUAUACGUGUCUGUGUGUAUGUAAUUUUGUGUGGUGCGUGUUGUGUAGUACUAAAGAUUUGUUUCGUGUACGAAUAGUGCCUUUUCAGGUAUUGACAAACGACUGGGAAUAAACCCGACGAAAGGACAAAAAAAUUUGAAUUGAAAUGCCUUCUCAUGUGGGAACAAUGUUACUGAUAUUUUACCCUCUGCCAUAAUGCUGUAUUCUUGUGUCGUUUCGAACUAUUUUAUUAUUAUUAUUAUUAUUAUUAUUAUUAUUUUUAACUUAGAGAGGUUUUAAAUGUUCACACUGCUUUCUUCCAUGUAGCCGAUGAGGACCAAGGACUUUCAAGCUAAAAAAAAACAAAAACAAAACAUAAAAUAAAGCAUAAUAAAAAGA